CCUGAGUCACUUUCAACCUCAAUAGAGCCAAGCAAAGCACAGCCCGGUCGCGCACCUGGGCGCUGCUUGUUUUUAGGCGAUGCUGCGAUGGUGCCCCAUCCUCCCAGUGCUUUUGGCUGCAGAGGAGCUGUUGCCCAAGUGUUCCAGCCCGCCAGGGGUCGUUGAGGACAUGGACGUUGAGAUGGUCUUGCUCCAGGUCGACAUGGUGCUCCCCAAGGACGUGGAUCGGACAGCUGCAGCCACAGCUCUGGGACAGUUCUGGGAGUCUCUAUGUCAUUUGCUGUGGGCAGCCUCGCAGGAGGUGACGGUCCAUCGAGUGCGAUGUGUCCUCCUCUUCUGCAUGCUGCUGGUCACAGCGCAGCUGUUCACCAUCAUGUGGCACGCCUCCCAGGCAACCAAGCGACCUCAGCCCAAACCCAGGACCCACACCUAUCAGCGGGGUUUGUGUUCACAGCCCAAAAGUGCAUUUAGCUGAGACCUGGGACGUACCUUUCCGAGCCGAACGGAAAAAAACAAGACGUGGCAUUAUGGCUGAGCUGCCCUGGAAAAUAGACUGGUGAUGCCUGCGAGUGAAG